AUCGCUCCUAUUCAUCCCUGUUAGUUCCCCCAAGUCUACUCACACCACGCUUUAUCUUGACAGAUUACCCCCCCUUUCCUUUUCUUUUCUCGUUUGAUCAGCCCAUCGUUAACGCCAUUGAUUCUUUGUAUGGCCAGUUCGAAUUCGACACCUGCCCCUCAUCACCCCACGCCCGUCUCGAAUCUCCCAAUUCCAUACCCACCUAAAGUCUCGGACCUCCAGAAAGUCGUCGUUGCCCAGCUCGCAGUCCUCGCCACCACCAUCACCGACGCCAAGUGGGACUUUGCCUGUACCAAGAUCCGCCACUUGCUUGACACCCACGACCGUCAAGUCCACAUCCAGUACCUCAAACGGCUCCUCACCACCACAGCCGGCCCCAUCUCGCAAGGCGCCACCGGGACCCUCAAAUCGUUCGCAGAGCGACUCAUCGCCACCGAGCUUGACCACUUUGCAUACACGCAGUCGUCGGACAUCCUCAUCUUCCUCGACGCGUACUUUGCCUCCGACUUUGAACUCCUCGAGCUUUUCGACCUUCGCACCCUCCUCGACCACUUCGGCUGCCAAUACUACCUCCGACUUCUCGUAGGCUUGACCCUCGAAGCGUACUCCGAACCCGCCUUACCUUCGGAGCUCACCGCGCUCGCCAGCCAGCUCGUCCGCGAAAACCUCGCCGAGCUCAUUGACCAUUCGCAGUCGCCCGAUCCCGAGCAGUUCUACCGCCACUGUGGCCACAACAUCUCCAAUCUCUCAUUCUUUCUUGGGAAAUUCCUAGCUUCGCCGACGCCCAGCAUCUCCGACAAGAUCCUCAUCAUCUCGUCCGUGAACAAAAAUCUCACCACCAUCACCACUAAGGAGCUCCACUCGUCCAUCUCCUCCAUCGUCAAAAAGUUUCUCGCCGUCAUGUCAUUCGGCGAAACCAUCGCGGGCAUUGAACCCGCGCGCGUCACAUCGUCCCUCGUGGGCGACCUCUUGUCAAACAUCGGCCCCGAGCGCCAGCUCAACGAGGCCGUGGGGCUCGUUCUCACCGAGAUCUUAUUCCCCGGCUCCCAGUUCGACGACAAGACCCAGACCCGCGAGCUCGCGGCCAUGAUCGCCAACAGUCUUCCGCAUGCGCGCACCAAAGGCUUCGAGAUGAACACCGUGUUCCACAAGCUCAAUCAGAAGCCCUCGUGGCCGCAGGUGUUUGGCUGCGUGGUGGAGAACAUCAACCAGCUCUCGCCGCAGUCCAAGACAUCCAUCAUCUCGCUCUCGCAGUUCUUCACCACCCUCGACGACGAGCUCAUCGACUUGUUCGUGCAGACGUCCGCCACCUGGCCGUACGUGUUCAAGCUCCAGUUCCUCCUCACGUGCAAGAACUUGGGCAAGCGUGUUAGCAUCGGCGCGUACGACCUCCACUACUGCCACCUCGCGCCCAUCUUGGAUAAUGAAGCCACAACCAUGGUGCAGGCGCGCUCGUUGUUGAACUUUGCCAGCAUAGCGCGCCUCGAGCUCGACGUGGUGCUCAACAACAAGGACGAUAACGGUGCGCUCGACGACGAGUUGAGCGCCGUGUUCCAGGAGGACUACAAGGAUGUGCCCGAGUACGUGGUGCUCGGCUGCAUCGCCAACCUUCCGGGCUUGGCCGUCGCGCCUGCUGCGAAGCAGGCGCGUGCGAACUGCUUCCACAUGGUGGAGAACUUGUUUGUGCAGAUGAUGGAUGACAACCCUACCAACCCGUAUCUUGCCAAAAUCUUGCGCCGGUUUGCGGCCGUCGACAUUCUCUCGUACGAGCAGUUCCUCGUCAACCUCUACGUCGCGAAGGGUACCAGCGACAACUUGUACAAGCUCUUGGCCUGGGCCCAUCAACAGGGCCUCUAUGCAGAGCUCGUGGCACCGCUCCGCCUGGCGAGCCUCUCUCCCGUCAGCAACUUCCACAACACCCUCGUGCUUAACGUGGAGGCCGUACACUACGGUUUCGACGGCUUCGACGCGUGGUUGCGCACGACGUUUGCGGAGCUCGCGCCCCAGGACCGCACGCCCGUCUUGGCGGAUCUCCUCAGCUUUGUCGAGCUCCAGGCCACGUUGGAGUACGAGGCGUUGCAGCAACAGAGCGGCAACGCGCAGGCCGCCGUCUCACCGGUGCCACCGGGCACCGUCAAGGCGAACCUCCACCUCACCUCCAUCGCGGCCAUUCUCCGGCUCCUCGGCGACCACAAGCAGGCAGACCUCCGCGAGAAAUGGAUGAACGUGCAAAUCCAGAGCGUCCAAGGCUUUCCGCGGCUCAUCAACUUCGGCCACGGCUACGACGAGGCUAUCUUGGCCAACGUGUCACUGGCAUCGGCCUCGUUCGCGCCCGAGGUGGAGCAGGAGAUGAAGGCAUACUACCAGAAGAUGUACAACAAGGAAAUCGAGAUGAAGGACAUCAUCGAGCUCCUCACCUCGUUAAAGAACCUGAGCGUGCCCAAGAACCAGGACGUGUUUGCGUGCAUGAUCCACCUGUUGCUCGACGAGUACCGCUUCUUUCCGGAGUACCCCUUGGACGCGUUGGCCAUCACUUCGGUGUUGUUCGGUAGCUUGAUUCACUUCAAGCUUGUCGAGGGCGUUACACUCACCAUCGCGCUCCACUACAUCCUCCAGAGCGCGCAGAAGCCACCCGAGUCCAACAUGUUCAAGUUCUCGGUGCAGGCACUCCACGCGUUCCGCCACCGCUUGCCAGAGUUUGGCGCAUACUGUGCGUUGCUCGGGGAGAUUCCCGCGCUCGCGUCGCACCAGUCCAUCAUGGAGAUCGUGGCGCGUGUGUGUGACAGCACGCGCGGCCAGUUCGCCGACGCCACAACCUCCCCUGCAAGUGCGUCCCCCGUCUCUGCCGUGUUUCGCUCCUUCUUCGUGUCGCCGGAGAUUGCCGGCGACGUGCCGCAGCUGCAGCCACCAGACGACGUCUCGGACCGCGUGUUGUUUUUGGUCAACAACACCACCUUGGACAACCUCGACACCAAGAUUGAGGAGCUCGGCGCGCUCUUGAAGCCCAACUUCUUCCACUGGUUUGCGUCGUACCUCGUGAGCUCGCGCGUGCGCACCGAGCCAAACUACCACGACCUAUACAACCGGUUGUGUCUCCGUCUCAACUCACACUUGCUUGGCGAGCAUCUCUUCCAGGUGACGAUCAACUACAUCCUCCAGCUCAUCAACUCUGCGGCCAACACCGCGAAGGACACUGACUCCUCCACUACCGACCGCAGUCACUUGAAGAACCUCGGCGCGUGGAUGGGGAAGAUCACCCUCGCGCGAAGCCGCCCUAUUAAGCAGCGCAACCUCUCGUUCAAGCUCCUUCUCGUGGAAGCGUACAACUAUCAGAAGUUACCGCUUGUGCUCCCGUUCGUAUGCAAGAUCCUUGACCAGGUCAAGCACUCGAAGGUGUUUCACCCGCCGAAUCCCUGGACGCUCCUGAUGCUCCGCAUGCUUAAGGAGCUCUACACCACGGCGGACAUGAAACUCAACUUGAAGUUUGAGAUUGAGGUGUUGUGCAACUCGCUCCGCGUGGACCUCGAGGAGAUUGAACCGCUGAACGUGAUUCGCAGCAACAACAUUGGCGAGUUGUAUGCGAGUGUUGCGCGCACGGGCGCAGGCGCGGGCAUUGUUGACGGCAUGGCCAAGCUCGCGAUUGCGCCGUUCCAGCCGCCGCCAGUAGCGCCUACCGAGAUGUUUGAGCUCAAGGGAAACACCUGCUGGGUUAUGCACCCAAACCUCCGCCGCCUCUUCCAGUUUGUCUUGGGCAAGGUCACGCGUGACGUGUUGCCCCAGACCGUGGACAAGGCCGCCAACAUUGCGGUUGUCAGCACAAAGGCGUUGGUCCUCAAGGACUUUGCGUUUGACGCGGAUGAGAACAAGAUCCGCAAAGCCGCCUACACCAUGGUGGCGGUGCUCGCCGAGCGCUAUGCCGUCGCCACGUGCUCUGGCACGUUUGCCGAGACCGUGUCCGCGUUGUUACUUCAGGAGCUCCCGCAACUCAGCACCGAGAACUCGCCGUUCGAGGAGUUGCCCGUAGCGAUCCACGAGAACAUCGACACCGCGCUUGCAAUUGUCGUGAAGGCGACCAAGGACAAGGCGUUGCGGGAAAUGGACGAGUUGUUGGCGCAGGCCGUGCAGCUACGCCGCGCACACCGCGAGCAGCGCGCGGGCGAGCCGUUCGCGGCGCCCGAGGCAUCACGUUACCCCCUCCUGUUGCCAGAGCCGUUGGGCUUGCGCCAGGCGGGCGUGACCCAGGAACAGUUUUCGAUCUACGAGAGCUUCGGAGCUGGCUUUGCUCCCCGGGCCCAGCCGGCCUUUACUCCCGCGCCGAAUGCCGUUCCAACGAUGUCCCAGGCGCAGUUAUCGGGCCCGUCGUCCCAGAGUGCCGCCCCGGCGCAGUUAUCGGGCCCGUCAUCCCAGAGCGCCGCCCCAGCGCAGGCACAGGGCCUUCCAGCGCCGCCACCACCGCUCGAGCAGACCUUCCAGGUGCUCCAACAAUCCGUCGACGCACUUCUCAAGACCAUCAGCGAGACCUCCGAGGAACGUCUCCGCGAUGUGCCUCCGGACCACCCGCUCAAGGCGAUCCUCACUCAGAUCCUCGUGCUCUGUUCACGCAACACGAUGAGCAAUGAACUCCUCCUCAAGGUGGCGCAGUUCACGGUGAACGCGCUCUUUACGGCUUGCGAGUCCGACCUUGCAUGCGAGACGCUCGUACUUCUCUUAGACAAGCUCUGCGACUUCUCGGCCGCCACGGCCAAGGACGUGAUCUGGUGGUUAGUGCACGCAGACGAUGAGCGCAAGUUUAACACCCGGGUCAUCAGCGAACUUCUCCGGGUGGGCUUGAUCCAAUCGGGUGAGCUCAACUCAUCGUUGACCAAGGCAAUCCUUGGCGGGAACAAGCUCGCGGCGACGUUUGCAGCCGAGUUGAUUGUCAAGUCUGCGCUCGGGCAACAGCCAAUCGCUUUGCGGUCCGAAUUUGCGUCGACGAUAGAGGCCAUCAAGCUCCGUGCAGAGGCGCUCGAGAUUACCGAGAACGCCGGGGUCAGCGCUCUUGUGGAGGGCCUCAAGAACGAGGCUCCAUCAUCUGGCCCGGUGCUCUUGAACGAGCAGCUUGGGUACGUGUUUGCGGAGUGGGCCAAGUUGCUCAACAAUAGCUACCACUCCGACAAGCUCCAGACAGCUUUCAUUCUCCAGUUGCGCGCGAAGCGCGUGUUGAGCCACGGCGAGUUUGCCGUGACGUUUUUCCGCACAGCGUUGGAAAUGUCAGUUGCCGCGUUCAUCCGCGAGGGCGAGCUCAAACAGAAGAUCGAGCAGGACUUUGUGACGUCGAUUGAUGCGUACGCCAAGUUGAUCGUGAAGGUGCUCGCGCUCCAGGAGGAUGCUGCGCUCAGCCGCGCAGAGUUGUUCCGCCAGCUUCUCCUGAUCGUGUCACUCGUGUUGGCCAACGAGCAUGAACACCACCGCGCAACGUUCAACGAGCGCCCGUACUUCCGCCUCUUUUCGACGUUGAUGGCUGAGUGGAGCCGCCUCGUGAGCGCGGACAACCUCUCGCCAGGCCUCACAGCCUUCUCGCGCGACUUUUACCUCCUCCUCGCGGACUUUUUCCACGGCCUCCAGCCGAUCUGCUUCCCGGGCUUUACGUUUGCGUGGGUCUCGAUGCUCGCGCACCGCAUGUUUAUGCCCGCGAUCCUCGAGCUCCCAGAGCGUGCGGGCUGGGACAAGUUCGCGCAGCUUCUCGUUGACUUGCUCAAGUUCGAGAGCACCCACAUCAACGGCAAGGAGAUUCCCGAAGUCAUUCUGGUCAUCUACAAGGGCACCAUGCGCAUCUUUCUCGUGUUGUUGAACGACUACCCCGAGUUCCUCGUCGCGCACCACUACCAGCUCGUUACGCACAUUCCCGCGUCCUUUGUCCAGCUUCGCAACGUGGCGUUGAGCGUGGUUCCGGCCGGUGUGGCCUUGCCGGACCCAUUCGCACCGGGCUUGAAGAUGGAGAAGUUGAAGGAGUGCCAGGACGCGCCGUACGUGGCACCGACCGCCACCAACAGCCUUGCCAAGGCUGGAUUGAAGAAGCCGAUUGAUAACUACCUCAGGGUUCCGUCCAACAGUUUGUUUAAAACAAUCUUCAACGCGAUGAAGCUUGACACGCCCAACCGCGAGGCGGGGAUCGGCUACGGCCACGUCUCUGUCAACGUGGAGCUUCUCAACGCGCUCGUGUUGCACGUCGGGGUUUCCGCCGUGAGCGAGCGCCAGACCGCGCCGUUCAACUCCAAGGGCUCGCACGUGACGCUACUCGCGACACUCAUACAGGAGGCGUCGGUUGAGUUGCAGUUCCAGUUGAUCCAGGCCAUUGCGAACCAGCUCCGGUACCCAAACUCUCACACGCACUGGUUUUCGUGCAUUUUGUUGCACUUUUUUGCACAGCCGGGUGCCAAGCGCUUGCAGGUACAGCAAGUGAUUACGCGUGUGCUUGUCGAGAGGAUGGUGUGCAACAAGCCGCAUCCGUGGGGAUUGCAGGUGACGUUUGCAGAGCUCUUGCGCAACAAGGACUAUUUGUUCUUUGACCUUCCGUUUGUGAAGGCGUUGCCGGAGCUUGAGCGGAUGUUUGGAGCGUUGGAAAGACACACGAGAGUGAGUGCGUAGCACGAGGUAGAGUUAAGUGGCUUGAUAAGCCGUGUAUAGUAUAUGUAUUUUAAGGAUUUUGUUACACAGAGCAUUGCAAAGGCUUACGUUGAAGAUUGUUCCAGGCAGGAGUGAUUUCCUCACUGCACCAAUCAAAAAAAAAAAAAAAA